GUCGUUUAUUACCAACCAUUGAUUGAUUUGAUUUGACCCGUUUGGUCCUUGCAAUAACUGUAAUAAACAAAAGUCUGAGUUUUUGCUUCUCUAUCGUCUGUUCUCGAAAGGGUAAAGCUAUAAACUUUUUGUUGAAUUUUUCCAUCAACCAUGACGAUUAUCACUGUACAGUCCUCGUAUACUCCUUCUCGAGUUCCGGUUAUAAAGAACGCGAAUUUCGAUCAAAUUCCGUCGUGGGUUUCUCUGAAAUCGAGCACUUCGUCUGUUAAAAUCUCGCUUAAGCAAGGACAAGUGGAGAAUCUUCAUUUGGUUUCGUUGUCGAAGCAUGGGAAGCUCAACGAAGCAUUUGAGUUUUUCCAAGAAAUGGAUAAGGCUGGUGUCUCCGUUAGCUCGUAUUCUUACCAAUGUCUCUUUGAGGCUUGCAGAGAAUUGAGGUCUUUAUCUCAUGGGAGACUCUUGCACGAUCGCAUGCGCAUGGGUAUCGAGAAUCCUUCUGUGCUUCUUCAGAAUUGUGUGCUACAAAUGUAUUGUGAGUGCGGGAGCUUAGAAGAUGCAGAUAAGCUGUUCGAUGAAAUGUCUGAGUUAAAUGCAGUUUCUCGCACAACGAUGAUAUCUGCUUACGCUGAACAAGGUCUUUUGAAUAAAGCUGUUGGUUUGUUCUCGAGGAUGCUAGAGUCAGGCGACAAGCCUCCUUCUUCCAUGUAUACUACACUCUUGAAAUCUUUGGUAAACCCUAGGGCUUUAGACAUUGGUAGACAGAUUCAUGCUCAUGUUAUACGUGCUGGGUUAUGUAGCAACGCAUCUAUAGAGACUGGGAUCGUGAACAUGUACGUGAAAUGUGGUUGGUUAGUGGGUGCUAAGCGAGUGUUCGAUCAGAUGGCAGUGAAGAAACCAGUGGCUUGGACGGGUUUGAUGGUAGGUUACACUCAAGCUGGUAGAGCAAGAGAUGCUUUGAAACUAUUUGUGGAUUUGAUAACGGAAGGUGUCGAAUGGGACAGUUUUGUGUUUUCAGUUGUUCUUAAAGCGUGUGCUUCUCUUGAGGAGCUUAAUCUUGGCAAGCAAAUUCAUGCCUGUGUCGCUAAGCUUGGACUGGAAUCUGAAGUCUCGGUUGGAACUCCACUUGUUGAUUUUUACAUCAAAUGUUCCAGCUUCGAGUCUGCUUGUCGUGCAUUUCAAGAAAUCCGUGAGCCAAACGAUGUUUCCUGGAGCGCAAUCAUUUCCGGUUACUGUCAAAUGAGUCAAUUUGAGGAGGCUGUUAAAACCUUCAAGUCUUUGAGAAGCAAAAAAGCAGCGGUUCUAAAUUCAUUCACAUAUACUAGCAUAUUCCAAGCAUGUUCGGUACUUGCAGAUUGCAACAUUGGUGGCCAAGUCCAUGCAGAUGCUAUAAAAAGAAGUCUGAUUGGAUCUCAGUAUGGAGAAAGCGCUCUUAUUACGAUGUAUUCAAAAUGCGGAUGCUUAGAUGAUGCACAUGAAGUCUUUGAGUCAAUGGACAACCCCGACAUUGUUGCAUGGACGGCUUUUAUAUCAGGUCAUGCUUACUAUGGAAAUGCCUCUGAAGCUUUGAGAUUGUUUGAGAAAAUGGUGAGUUGUGGUAUGAAGCCAAACUCAGUUACAUUUAUUGCGGUUUUAACCGCCUGCAGCCACGCAGGCCUAGUUGAACAGGGAAAGCAUUACUUGGACACGAUGCUUCGAAAAUAUAACGUGGCUCCGACUAUUGAUCAUUAUGAUUGUAUGAUCGACAUUUAUGCCCGUUCAGGACUAUUAGAAGAAGCUCUCAAAUUUAUGAAGAAUAUGCCUUUUGAACCUGAUGCAAUGAGCUGGAAAUGCUUUCUAAGUGGCUGUUGGACUCAUAAGAAUCUUGAACUGGGAAACAUUGCUGGUGAAGAACUUCGCCAAAUCGAUCCAGAAGAUACGGCUGGAUAUGUGCUACCGUUUAAUCUGUAUACCUGGGCUGGAAAAUGGGAAGAGGCUGCUGAAGUGAUGAAACUAAUGAAUGAGAGGAUGUUAAAGAAGGAACUGAGCUGCAGCUGGAUCCAAGAAAAGGGUAAGAUUCAUCGGUUUAUAGUGGGUGAUAAACACCAUCCACAAACUCAGGAGAUCUAUGAGAAGCUUAAGGAGUUUGAUGGUUUCAUGGAAGGUGAUAUGUUUCAGUGUAGUAUGACAGAGAGAAGAGAACAGCUUCUUGAUCAUAGUGAGAGACUUGCCAUUGCAUUUGGGCUGAUAUCUGUGAAUGGCAAUGCCCGUGCACCUAUCAAGGUGUUCAAGAAUCUUCGGGCAUGCCCAGAUUGUCAUGAGUUUGCAAAGCAUGUAUCUUUGGUUACAGGACAUGAAAUCGUCAUCCGAGAUUCUAGAAGGUUUCACCAUUUCAAGGAGGGAAAGUGUUCUUGCAACGAUUACUGGUGACUGAUAUCUUUAGUGUCUGUUUCAGUAGAUACUUUACAUUAAAUACUUAUCCAACAA